GCGGCCCGUGGCACGUGCGCUGAUGACGUUUGCAGAAAGAGGAGCUCUGCUCGUUCCAGCGGAGGAGGGCUGCGGCUUCUUCUCAGCCAAACGCAGCCUUGGAAGUUCCCCUCCCUGGUUCUCCUUUCCCUCGUCAGGCUGCAAGGCACAACGACAUGACAUCACUGCACAGCACGGGCUAAAAUUACAGGUUACAACAGUCACUGGGAUAAUUUCAUCGAAACGUCUUUAACUGAAAAAGACAUGUUAAACAUAAAUACAAGGUUCCAUACAAUGUGUGGUAUAUGAACAGAGUAGUAUGGUAUACUACAGGCUAAUGGUGACCUCACAUGUUUUGCGCCCGGUGCAGAAACUUGACUAUCAAACAAAACCAAAGUAAAUCUGUACUUGCAUUACAGGUUUUUGAACAUCUGCCCUCUGGCUUUCUGUGCUUAAUGGAGUCAUCUCGCAGGAGUAUUGUCCAGAAUUGUAAUUGUUCCGACAAAAUAUUCCUUGAGAGGUUCCUAACAUCAGUCCAUCAUGGAAAGCACUCCUGGGGAUAACAGCUAUGGGAACGUUGUCAAGAAGACACCAGAUCGAGGGUUAAACCCUGACAGAGACAAACAGAAAAAUAACGCAGAGCAGGUAAAGUACGGAUAGGACAGACAGUAUCGAUCGUGAUCCGUACGGCACGAACGGCGGUGGAAAUGAAACUGAGGGUGCAAGUGAUGGUUUAAACCCUGUGUUUCCUCCGGGCAGCAAACCACUUGCCCCGAGUUGGUGAAGAACAGUGGGCUUGCGGAGCAGGCGGAGGACGGGGGGGAAUGCCCCAUCGAGGCCAAGAACAAGGACAAACACCGGAGACUCCUUGAAGCGGUGUUCCGUGAUCCGACUUUUAAAGUUAAAGGAAGUCAGUGCUGGCUUCCCAGGCCCUUCCCCAGCACGAUUGUUUAUGCAUGUUUUCCUUUCACUAUCUGGAAGUGUAAACAUUGAACUACUUUUUCUUCUCUCUUCCUCUCUCUUCCUCUCUUUCACUCACCCACCCCCCCUCCCUCUGCUUCCUGCACCCCUUGCAGGCUUAAAUAUGGCGAGGUUUCGAGAGGUUAUGAGAAAUCUCGGGGUCAACACAAGCGAUGAGGAUCUUAACGUUAUGUUCAUGAAGGUGGACGCCAGCUGUGUUGGCAAAGUAUUUUGGGAGGAGAUCAAGAUGUACUUGCUGCUGGAGAAUGAAGCAAGAGACUCCAUGCAUAAGUCCCUCAGGCGCUGCUAUUUUCCAGAACAUAUAAAGAUCCUGCGAGAGUCUAUGCAAAGGUCCAACAGCAAGGCCAUUGUCGGGCUGCAGUUCUACUCCUUCAAGCACCCUCAGCCUCAGGAGGACCAGGCGGCCGCGGGCGGGUGGGCCGACGAAAUGUGCAAGAACCGCAUCGAGCCGGGCCAGUACAUGUCCAUCACACAGGACGGCAAACUCAGCUACUGGACGGAGAACCUCAAGCAUAUGUACACUUUGCUGCUUGAUGAUCUGAAGCAAGCCCAUGCCGUCAUGUACCAGAAGAUCUGGGUGACGCACAUGAUCUGCAUGAGAAACAUUGACUUGUUAGCCAUCUCCUCCACCAGCAACCAUUUAGAAUUCUAUGACAUCAGCGCCAGGAAGUGUACCAUUGCAUUCACUCUGACGGGGGUGGAGCCUGUGACCGUCAUGGAUUACUGGUCUAACGGUAAAAGAGCCGUGUUCUCCGUGGGAGACACGAGUGGAGGCGUGACCGUCUUCACGUCCUGCGACGUGGGGAAGAACGGCAUCUUCAACCGACGGACCUCCAAGACCGGGAGCAACUGUCACAUAUCUAUGGCAGGCUUGCUGAAAAACAAAUCCGACAAUCACUUCUGUUUCAAAGUAGCUAUCCUUGGAGGUACCUGCCAGCAAAUCCGUUUCCUCGCAAACCUAAACAUCGUUGCUUCCUGUGCCGCCUUCGACAAAACAGCAAUGGUGCUGACCAGGGUCCCAGACUCACACAAGAGUGAAAUCCACCACUCCAUCUUUAAGCUGCCAAAGGGAAUAAUGUGCUUUGAUUACUCUCCAGAGCUGAACAUUCUGGUGACAGGGGGAUCUGACAGGAUGGUUAGGGUUUGGAACCCCUAUGUGACAAAAAGGGCUUGCUCUCGAAUGGAGGGUCACUUGUCUGUCAUCACAGACAUCGUAGUCAAUGGCAGGGACAAGAAGGUCAUUAGCAUCUCCAGAGACAAGAACCUGCGCAUCUGGGACCUGCACGAUUACACCUGCCUCCAGAAGAUCCGCCCGAGCGAGAUCCCCAUGGGCAGGCCCCCCAUCACCGCUCUCCACUACACCCGCGACACCAACACCCUGGUCAUCGCCACCAGCCUGAUGGGCGUUCUGCAGGGAGAGAUGGAAGACCUGAACGCCCGUCUGAAGGAGAGUACACACAAGGACCCCGUGUGCACGGCUCUCUAUAACACUCACUUCAAACAGGUGGUGAGCGGGUGUUACAGUGGGGUGGUGUGCGUGUGGGACAUCCUGACGGGCGAUAAGGCCAUGGAGUUCCUCACGUCCCCCGGCCGGGACACGGAGAUGACCGUGAUGGCGUUCGACGGGCCCCAGCGGCGCCUCCUCACGGGCGCCAGCGACGGCGCGGUGCGCCUCUGGAACUUCAACAACGGCGUGCUGCUCCUCAAACUCCCCGUGCUGGACAAAAACGAGGUGACAGGGAUUCUCAAUUUCAACAACAAGAUCUACAUAUCGGGCUGGAGCAAGCGCAUCAUUUGCUACAAGAACGUCCAGACGGAUGUGAAGAUGGAGCACAGCGUGUGGAUGCGCUAUCACACAGAGGACAUAUAUUCCAUACAUGCCUACGGCAACAAGAUGGUGGUGACGGCCUCGUACAACGGCGACAUCAUCGUGUGGAACACCAGCACAGAAGACCCCCUGUGCUGGUUCAACGCCAGCCAGGGCCCCCGACCCCUGCUCCUGGAGACUUUAAAGGAGAAAGCUACUGAGCAGAAUCGGGGGACCCCCAAACAGCCUGCUCCCGACCAGGAAAGAGCUACUCAGCAGGGACGGGGGACCCCAAGGAGCUCUGGCUCCAGGCCCGGCAGCAGUCAGUCAGAGCUGAUGCAGGAUGAGGAUGUGGAUGCUGAGGAGAGCGAAGGAGGCCAAGGAGACGAAGAGGAGGCCAUGCCCAAUCUCCUCAGUCCCGAGGAGCUAGCCAAACCCUCCAUGGCUGUGGAAAAGGCCCUGUUUCUAGGCACCCGCACCCCCAGCCAAGACACCGCGGUCCUGCUGACCUGCACGGUGGACGGCUACGUGUGCGCGUGGUCCAUCUGCGACCAGGGCGGGCUGCUGGGGAGGUUUAGACCCACCCAAGGCGAGGACACCACCAUCACCGCCAUGUCCACUGAUCCCAGCGACCAGAUCCUCCUCACUGGGGACAGCCACGGCUUCAUCACGCUCUGGGACAUCAAGGACUACUGCUGCUGCAUGGCUGGCGGGAUGGAGGUGACCAAGGAGCCAGGGGAUGCGCCCGGCCUCUCCACCAAUGACAGCCAGGAGGAGGGGCUUAAGAUGAUGAUGAAUGUGAUGAUGGAGGACCAGAAGACAGAGGUGUGGGACGGGUUGAGGAUCUCUGUCACGCCCCCAAAGCAGCUGAGCUCCUGGCAGUGCCACCUGAGGAGGGUCAUCCACGUGGGCUACGUAGAGGGCCUGGACCUCCUCAUCACAGCCGGCCUGGACUGCAACGUGCGCCUGUGGACCGUCGCCGGCAGCUACAUAGGCACGUACGGGCAGGUGCGGUGGCGCGUGGAAGACCCCAGCACCUUCCCCAAGGAGCUGCCUGCAGACCUGAAGAGGCUGGGAGCCCCCCAGGCCAAGGACCUGGACGAGGAGGCCAAUCCAGAGGAGGCUGAGGAAGGAGCUCCAGCUGCGGCUCCCGUUCCUGCUGCCCCCGCAGCAGCGCCGCAAGGCCAGCCCGGCGACGACCACGACCUCACGUCCACGGACGUGCUGCCGGACCUGUGCGUCACCCAGUACUGCAGCAAGAAGGUGGAGGAGACCUGGAGAGAGUGGCAGGAGAAGGGCAAGGUAAGCAAAAUUCUGGGUCAAGCUUACAAGCCGAAAGUGACGCAACUCGGACUCUCUGGCCACCUGGACCUCCCCACAUCCAGCAGCUGCCACGAAGUGACGAGGAUUAGCAAGUUCCUCCCCUGCUCCCCCCUGCUGCCUGUUCCGGUGGUCACCAUGCCCGACACUCUGAAGAAGCAGCACAAGACCCAGGAGGAAGAUGCCCACAGCAAGCAGAAGUGUCGGAAGAAACCCUGCCCCACCAAGCAACAGCCCAAGGACAACAGCCAUGCUUAGAGCUCUCACUCACUACUGACAGCCAUGCUUAGAGCCCUCACUCACUACUGACAGCCACGCUUAGAGCCCUCACUCACUACUGACAGCCAUGCUUAGAGCCCUCACUCACUACUGACAGCCACGCUUAGAGCCCUCACUCACUCACU